AUGUCUGCAUUGCGCUCUUGGUUCCGCGGAUCGUCCGCACCCUCAAAACAAUCGCCAAGUGCUGCGCCGAGCCCGGCCGCCAGUUCUACUUCCUUGCGCGACCACUUACACAACCAUGGGCGUCCCAGAACCGCCUCAGUUAGCGCUGCCCAGCAGGAGGCGAACAACAUUGAAGAUGCCAUGGCAGCAGUAGCAUUGAUUAUGAACGACGAUAUCGACGGAGCCGAAGCAAUGCUGCGAUUGCGCGAAGAUGCCUCGACAUUCCACCAGCUUGGUCUGGGCGUGUCGACAUUCUUGAGGAGUAUCUUGGGUUUCGAAAAGGAGAUCAUGAAUGAGACGACAACCAGAUUGGGGGAGACGGAAACACGGGCAUGGAACGAUAUGAAGAAGGCCCAGAAAGAGGCGGAAAAGCAUGGGGUGUACGCUGGUUCGGUAUACCCCCAGGGUCAUGCAUCAGGAGGAAGCCACAUCUACCCUCCGGGUUCUGAAUUUGCGCUCGUGAACGCAGAGGCGCAACUCAUGGGCGCCGUGGUGGCUGUGAUGCACGAAAGUCUGACGGAGGCAAUCAAGGGAUUCUACAAACUGAGAAAGGCGUACGCGACCUUGGACGGUAUCAUGACCUCGGAGUUGCUGUAUCUGCAAACAUUGGAGAAGAAGGGUAUCACCACGAGCGCAAGGUCAACCAAGACGAGUGUCGACGAGAUGCCUGGUGCAUUCAGCGACUCGGAAUUUGCCAGCCUCGAAAACUCGAAAGGCGCAAACACUCCCUCGCAAAACGGUGCCGUGGCAGAUUCUGCCAGCGCCGCCAAAGAGCCUUCCGGUCCUCAGACACCAGCGUCCGCAUCGGCUUCUAAUGUAGCGAAGACGGCCGCAGAUGCGGAGAUACUCGACGAGAAAUUGGGUCAUCUCCAACUCGACACGGAUGCGGCAAGCGUGCAGAGCGUGCCUCAGAAUGCUUCCCCGGAAGUUACGACACCAUCGACACCCCAAUUCUCUCACCUAGACCAGCUGAACAAGUUCGGCGCCGAUAGGUCAAUCUUCAAAUCACCCGUUGACAUCUUCGUCCACAGCGGCGCAAGCAUGUGCUUCGGUAUUCUCCUGCUCAUCAUCUCCAUGGUUCCCCCAGCCUUCUCCCGCCUUCUCUCCGUCAUCGGUUUCAAGGGUGAUCGCGACAGGGGAGUCCAGAUGCUCUGGCAAUCAACCAAGUACAACAACAUCAACGGCGCCAUGGCCGGUCUCGUCCUCCUCCAGUACUACAACCUCUUCUCCGCGUUCGCCGACAUCCUCCCCAGCGAGCUCGACAUCCAGCAAUACUCCAAGUUCGCCAACGGGGGCGCCGAAUUCGAAGCCGUCGGCUACCCCCGCGACGAGUGCACCGCCCUGCUCGCCGAGAUGCGCCAGCGCUACCCGGACUCGCGCCUCUGGCGGCUCGAAGAGGCCCGCGUCAUGGCCAACGCCCGUCGCAUCGAGGAGGCCCUGGCCAUGCUGGCCGCCAACAGCGACAGCAAGAUGCGCCAGAUUGCCGCGCUCAACAAUUUCGAGCUGAGCAUGAACUCCAUUUACGCUUUGGAAUUCCAGUCCGCGCCCGCCCACUUUUUGCGCUGCGUCGAGCUCAACAGCUGGAGUCACGCGCUGUACUACUACCUCGCCGGUUGUGCCGAGCUGGAGCAGUACCGCGAUCUGUUCCACAGUGGCGAAGCUAGCAGCUCCGCUGCCCUCAAACACAAGAAGCUGGCCGAGGAGUACUUCCGCAAAGCCCCCACCGUCGCUGGCAAGAAGCGGUUCAUGGCCAAGCAGAUGCCCUUCGAGGUGUUUGUGCUGCGCAAGCUGCAGAAGUGGGAGGAGCGCGUCAAGGCGUACGGGCUGGAUCUCGCGGACGUGAUCUGCGUCAGUCCGGCGCUCGAGAUGAUUUACUUGUGGAACGGCAGCAAGCGGAUGCCGCCUCACUUGCUGGAGAAGGCGCGGACGUACCUGGCUUGGGAGCGGUGCACGGCGCCGGCGGACAAGGGGGUUGUCGCGAAUGUCAAGAGCCUGGAGCAGGAUGAGGUAGCUAUUGGACUGCUGGCCGAGUCGGCGCUGUUGAGACAGCUGGGUAAGGGCGCGGAGGCGAGGAAGUUGGUGGAGCCUCUGUUGGGGGUUGAUAGAUCCGUCUUCAAGGGCCCUACAAGAGACGAUUACUGCGGCGCCGCAGCCCAUUACGAAGUCGCGGCCGUUGCCUGGAUGGAAGUCUGCAACCCCGAGGCCUGGCCAUCAGCCCCCGAAGAGGUCGAAGCCUUCCGCAAGCAAAAGACAGAUGAGUGCCAGCUGUAUCUGGACAAGGUGUCCAAGUGGGAUGGCUUCGUUCUGGAUGCCCGGUUUGGCAUGAGAGUCCAGGCGGGUAUCGACAGCGUGAGGUGGCUGAAGGGCAAGAAGGGCUGGAUGUGA